GGCAGCUAAGGAGGCAAAUACUGACUAUACUGAAGUUUUACAUUAGGUCAUCAAUGUCAUCAAUUAAGUGAAACACUUCGAUUUCCAUUCCAUCAACAUGUACGGCCUGCUCUUGGAGAAUCUCUCCGAGUACAUUAAGUCAGUGUAUGGUGAGGAGAAAUGGGAGGAUAUACGGCGACAAGCCGGCAUUGAUUCACCCUCGUUUAGUGUGCAUCAAGUGUAUCCAGAGAAUCUAUUGCAAAAAUUGGCUAAAAAGGCUCAGCAGGUUUUGGGCGUAUCGGAGCGAGAUUUUAUGGAUCAAAUGGGCGUUUAUUUUGUUGGUUUUGUGGGUCAAUAUGGUUAUGAUCGUGUGCUAUCGGUAUUAGGACGUCAUAUGCGUGAUUUCCUCAAUGGCUUGGAUAAUCUGCAUGAGUAUUUGAAAUUCUCGUAUCCUCGAAUGCGAGCGCCCAGCUUUAUCUGUGAGAACGAGACCAAACAGGGAUUGACAUUGCAUUAUCGUUCCAAGCGGCGAGGCUUUGUCUACUACACAAUGGGGCAGAUACGUGAAGUGGCACGUUACUUUUAUCACAAGGAGAUGCAUAUUGAAUUGGUGCGAGAGGAAAUUCUCUUUGAUACGGUGCAUGUGACAUUUCAAUUGACAUUCGAUAAUCGAGCGUUCACCUUGGCCUCGCUGGCCAUGACCCGAGAGGAAAAACACUUACCCAUAAGUGCUCAUGUUCUAUUCGAAAUAUUUCCCUUCUGUAUUGUAUUUGGAGCUGAUAUGGUGGUGCGUAGUAUCGGUAACUCUCUUAUGGUUAUUUUACCUGAACUUUUGGGCAAGAAAAUUACAGCCUGGUUCGAUUUGGUGCGACCUCUCAUUGCCUUUAAGUUCCAAACUAUACUCAAUCGCACGAAUAAUAUAUUUGAACUGGUCACUGUGGAUCCAGUUUCGGAACGAUUAGAUGCACAAAAUGAGGAUUUGCUAUUGCAUGACGAUGGCAGUGAACCGGAGAAGUCCCUUCGACUCAAAGGUCAAAUGGUGUACAUGGAAAACUGGCGGAUGAUAAUGUUUCUGGGCACUCCUGUGAUGCCUGAUCUUACUUCAUUGAUUACUACGGGUCUUUAUAUCAACGAUCUGUCUAUGCAUGACUUUAGUAGAGAUCUUAUGUUGGCGGGCACCCAACAAUCUGUGGAACUUAAAUUGGCCCUAGAUCAGGAGCAACAAAAAUCCAAAAAACUAGAAGAGUCCAUGAGAUUGUUGGAUGAGGAAAUGCGUAGAACAGACGAGUUACUCUAUCAGAUGAUACCAAAACAAGUGGCUGAUCGUCUAAGACGAGGCGAGAAUCCCAUUGAUACCUGUGAGAUGUUUGAUAGCGUUUCCAUAUUAUUCUCCGAUAUUGUGACCUUUACGGAAAUCUGUAGUCGUAUUACGCCAAUGGAAGUGGUUUCCAUGCUAAAUGCAAUGUACUCAAUAUUUGAUACCCUAACCGAACGUAAUUCGGUUUACAAAGUGGAGACAAUUGGCGAUGCUUAUAUGGUUGUGGCCGGGGCACCCGAUAAGGAUGCCAAUCAUGCUGAAAGAGUCUGUGAUAUGGCAUUGGAUAUGGUGGAUGCCAUAACCGAUCUAAAAGAUCCCUCAACGGGACAACAUUUGAGAAUACGUGUGGGUGUUCAUUCUGGUGCAGUUGUUGCUGGCAUUGUGGGUCUGAAGAUGCCUAGAUAUUGCCUUUUUGGCGACACUGUGAAUACAGCCUCACGCAUGGAAUCGACCAGCAUUGCCAUGAAGGUGCACAUAUCGGAGUCCACAAAAGUGCUUAUUGGUCCUGCCUAUAAAAUAUUGGAACGUGGGGAGAUCGAUGUCAAGGGCAAGGGAACCAUGGCCACCUAUUGGCUGGAGGAACGUGAGAGUCGUUUGCCAUUGCAAUUAACAGCUGCUUUACAAGUUCAUCCAAUGUCUGCGGCAGCGGCAGCAGUUGCAGUGGCUCCCAUGUCUCCACUUAUGCCCAAGGCCAUUGCACCUGCUCCGAAACCAAUGACUCCGAUUCCAGUGGUUCCACAAACUGAGAUAGUACCACCUAGCACAACCCAUAUGUCGGGAGUGGUGCUAACAGCUAGUAAUACCAUAGCAGCUGCAGCAGCUCUGCAUCACCAUCACCCAGCCUCAGUAGCAGGAGGUGCUGCAGCAGGAACAGCAAGUGGUGUGGCUGCAGCAGCUGAUGAUCGCUCAAGUCGUAUAUACUCACCUGUAACCUUUAAGGAUGUGGCCAGGCGAAGCAUAGCAAAUUCACCAGUACGAACUAGUGCCUCUGGCUAUGCCUAUACCGAUCAGGAGAGAAGACGCGAAUCUCGUUCGAAUUCCACGGGUCAUGUCUUUAUGCGUUCCCCAUCGGAUAUAUUUGGAUCUCUUAUUUUGGAUACUGAAGAGUUUCUUGAAGAUUUACAAAUUUCACGAGGCUCGUUGGCGAACAAUAAUAAUCAUCCGCCUGUGUGUGGUUUCAGUCCAACGCCACCUUUCCGCAUAGGAAGUGCCCCGCCCAAGCCACGACCUAGUAAUCCGGAUAAAUUUACACCCGAGGAAUUGGCCGCCAUGGAUCAAUUGACACCACCAUCGACAGCACCAGCCAGAGAGUCGGCCUCCACCAGCAGUAUGAAUUUGAAGCCCUCUACAUCGAAUAGCUCACUGGAUAAGGAUAAGACAGCCAAGCUCAAAAAAAUCACCUUCUCCACCAGCACCACACUGGAGGCCACACCCACAUGCACAGCUGGAGCUCUUGUAUGUCCAAUGGGUAUCAAAUCGCCACCGCCUUCGUCAAAAUCGCAACCGAUAGUAGUUAAGGCCAGCACAAGCAGCAACAGCACAGCCAUGGCCAAUCGUCCUGGCUCCAAGGAUUCCGUUUCAUCCAUUUCCCUGCAUUCACCACCACCACAUCGUUCUCAUUCGGCUCCAUCUCGACCACAUUCCAUGUCAAAGGCAGCACGCAAGGCUUUUCUGGCCGCCAAGCAAACGAAAGCUAUGGAAAAACUGGAUAAAAUGAUUGAAGAGGUCCAUGAAGUGGAAUCUCAAUCAGCAGCUAAGGCUGCCCAAAUGCGUUUGGCUGUCUUUGGUCAUGAUGGCCUUGGCGUUGGAGCUGGUGGCGAUUUGGCUGCCGGAGGCUGUCCCAUUUUUUUGCCACCACCCCAAAGGCUAAUGCCCAGUUCGAUAUCCGAUACAAGUAUUUGCAAUCACGGGCACAGUCAUGCUCCAUCUACCAGCAGUUGCCAUCAUAUGGAUCCUAAAUUGAGUCAUAGUCACAGUUUUCAGCAUGGACGAAAUGCUGGUCCUGCCCCUGGAACCAUUUCCCAUCAAUGUUGCAGUGGUUUUGGACAUGGCAAUGGCCGCCAUUCACAUCGUAUGCACUCCAAUGCUUGCCGCAUACUAUAAAUGAUCGGCUUUAUCUAUGUGUCUUUUGGCAAUUGUUAGCAAUUAGUUAGAUGUUGAUUCUCAUUGAAGAGCAAGAUAACCAAAAUAAAAAACUGUACCUAAAUGUACCUAUUCAUAUACUUAACUAUAUAUAAACCUAUACAUAUUUGGUAGCUAGUCAAAAAAGGCUUUAAUUCUUUCGAUAAAAAAAGAAAAUAGCGUCAAUG